CCCAUCGUGCUAGAGGGCAAGUGCCUGGUGGUGUGCGACUCCAGCCCAUCCGGGGACGGCGCCGUCACCUCUUCCCUGGGCAUUUCUGUGCGCUCAGGCAGUGCCAAGGUGGCCUUCUCCGCUACUAGGAGCACCAACCAUGAGCCGUCAGAGAUGAGUAACCGUACCAUGACCAUCUACUUCGACCAGGUUUUAGUAAACAUCGGCAACCACUUUGACCUUGCCUCCAGUAUAUUUGUGGCACCACGAAAGGGGAUCUAUAGUUUCAGCUUCCACGUGGUCAAAGUGUACAACAGGCAAACAAUCCAGGUCAGUUUAAUGCAGAAUGGCUACCCGGUGAUCUCUGCGUUCGCAGGAGACCAGGAUGUUACCAGGGAAGCAGCCAGCAAUGGUGUUCUGCUGCUUAUGGAAAGAGAAGACAAAGUUCAUCUCAAACUGGAGAGAGGGAACCUCAUGGGAGGCUGGAAAUACUCCACAUUCUCGGGCUUCUUGGUCUUUCCUCUAUAG